ACACUGUUGUAGAGAAGAUUAACUUGAAACAAAGAUUAAGCAAAUUAACCAUGAUGGUACCUCCCCAAAAUAAGCCCUGGCUCAAGCGCAGUUGCUUUAACAGUAGUCAUGAAGUAGAGUCCCGAACAACAUUUAAUGGAUACUCAAAACGGGUGGGAUUCUAUAUAUAAUUAUAUAUAUAGCAAAUCAUCAUGAGUCAAAUGACACCUCGCAAGGCCUUUCCGGACCAGUCAUCCGGAAGCGGGCACUCAGUGACCACCUCCCGCCAGCCCUACAUCAUCGACUCCAUUGCUUCCAAGAGGGUGUGCUUCUACAAGAGUGGGGACCCUCAGUUCAAUGGCCUGCGCAUGGUCAUCAACAGCCGCACCUUUAAGACUUUUGAUGCACUUCUGGACAGCCUCUCCAAAAAGGUCCCGUUGCCCUUUGGGGUGAGGAACAUCACAACCCCACGAGGGGUGCAUGCUGUGCAUAACUUGGACGAACUGGAGGAUGGGAAGGCCUACAUCUGCUCUGACCAGCGGAAGGUCAAACCUAUCAAUCUAGCAUUGGCCAAUAAGAAGCCACCACCCUGGUACCAUGCCAGGCCAAUCAGUGCCCGGCGUCAGGCCCUACAACUGGCCAGGAAGUACCCAGGUCGGCCCAAGCGUAAGCAGGAACCGGGGGUUGCGAGGCCCCCCAAGAAGCUGACAGUGUUCAGGAACGGGGAUCCCAGUGUGAAACACACAGUGAUGCUCCAGAGGAGGACAACACCAACCUUUGAAUCGCUGUUGGAUUACGUAUCAGAACUGAUGCAGUUUCCCGUGGUUAAACUACACACACCUGAUGGAGGACGAGUGGAUGGCCUCCCAGCCUUGAUCUUGUGCUCUGGAAAAGUUGUGGCCACAGGCCGGGAGGCCUUCAAAUCUGCCAACUACAACACCCAGAAAUCAAUUACUCCAACAUGGCUUCCUGCCAGUCGUAUGGCACCCAAAAGAAAGAAACAUGCAAUUCGGAAAAAGAAAACCAUGUCCAGUGGCAGUAAGUCAAGGAACUUCUCCUCAUCGUCAGAGAGAUACUUUGUCAAUCAGAUACACAACUCCGUUGCCGGAAGUCUCUGUGACUUUCCCAGUAACUCUGGGGAAAUGGAAACUGGUCAACUGUUGGAGUCUGUCGCAGAAACGGAGGGAGACAUCUGUCUGGAGGAAGGGGUGGAAGGGAUGGAAAGCUGCAUGCCCCCAGAUGAUGACAUUGAAAAGUCCUUUCGGGUUAACCAGGAUGGUAGUAUGACAGUGGAGAUGAAGGUACGCCUGACUAUCAAAGAGGAGGAGACAGUCCAUUGGACGACCACCCUGACCAGAUCCAGCGUGGCCAACCAGCUCAGCGUGUCCUCAUUGCCUGAGUCUGACCCAGAGGGCGGCACCUUAGAACCACAAAACUCAACCUCCACUGACACCAUCAACAAACACAACUUCAAAGAUGAUGACGAUCAUUUGCCACCGGAAAAUGGACUCACAAGCAAGGGUGGGAAUGAGGAGGAGGAAUCCGAGCACCAGGCAGAUGUGGUCUUUCCCAGGAGAGCUCCAACACCAGGGCCCAGGAGAUCGAGACAGAACCAAGCCUCAUUGGAGAGUAUUAAAACAGUGAAACCAGAGGAGAUCCAGCAGAACACGGUUGGCUCGUAUUCUUAUAGAGAGGAUACUGGAACUGGGAAGGUGACAGAGGAGUACUGCAUGGUCAGACAGUGCAGCACCAGGCCAGUGCCCAAACCCAGGAGAGUCAGCUCCUUGGAUGUCAACAGUUACGAUAGAAACCCAAGCAGUUUGAAAUCUGCAGGGGAGGCUGAGAUCUUACAGAUGGAUGACAGUGGGGGAGAAAUCACUGAGACAGUUUUACACAUAUACGAGCAGCAGACCUGUCGAGAUAACUCUCUGGCAAAUAGCCAGUUUAGUGUACAGGGUGUUUCAAUGUAUGGCCUGCUUUAUGGGCGACCAGCCACCUCAGAUACAGCACACUUCUCAUCUGACUUUGAAACAGAGCUGGGAAGACCCUCUACAGCUUCAGAAUCACUCAAUGUGUGGAAGACCGAUGACACAUCUUCUGAGCUCACCACCCAGCAACUGAAAACUAGAAAAGUAGGUAAUUUACCAUCUCAAAAACGCAAAGCAGUAAAGGUCUUAAAGGAUCCACUCUCUAACCCUUCAAAAAACAAAGUGUCUGGCAAAGAAAACUCACCCUUCAAGGCCGUCAAAAAAGCCCAGCGUCUUUCCUCAAAACCCAAAGCUAAAAAGAACCAUUCUCGUCAGAGUAUGACCCCAGAAAAAAGACGAAAACCAAGUAAUGCCGAUGUUCCUGACAAAAAAGCAAAAACUGUUUUUUGUAGCAUUGCAUCGUUAAAGAAAAUUUAUGGAUUUAGGCCAAAAACAGUCAAAAGUCUAUUCAAGCUAAAAAAGAAACGAAAAACAGCUGGUAAUGGCAGUAUGAAAACAACAACCUCAGAAUUGCCUGAGAUUGUGACUCAGUUCAACAAUGAAACCCCAAAUGAGUCAUCACCUGUGAAACAGCAGAAUGUUUUUGAAAAUGAAACUUCAGUCCUCUUCAAGAGUAAUAUGUUAAAUGUUUCACACUCUGAAGAGACCCAAGAAGAAGAGCAGACUAACAGUCUUGCUGAUCCCUUGGAACAUGAAGAAAAACGUCUCAACUUGCCAUCAAGCCAUAAGGAGAAGAUAGACAGGGAAAACUUAGAAGAAGAUAAAAAAGUGAACUCUGACAAUUACCCCAGCUGUAUUGAUCCAGGCGAUAACCUUAUAGAGUUGAACAGAAGCAGCCAGGAUAGCUUGUCCAGCCCAGAGGAAUACCAGUUGAGAUCUGAGGAAGAGAUACCAGAGGUUGAGAGUAGCAAGAUGAUGCAGGUUAGCAAUAAGGAGAAACCUUCCACCACUGCAGAGAAACAUCCCACAUCUGAUGAAGAACAUGAGAAUCCACUUGGUCUCAAUAACUGUCCAGAGCAGAAGUUCAGUGAAAGCAGUGAGGAACAUUCUGUGGAGGAGCAGGCUAGCUUUGAGGAAGAGGAGCCUGUGGUUAAAUAUAAUGAGCUGCAGGUUAGCAGUAGUAACAAAAGUCCUCCGACCCUUGAAGAAGUACAAUUAAACUCUUUGGAGGAUGAAGAAAACAAACAAAGCCCUGCUAGAUGUUUAGAGCAGAGGAUAAGCAGUGAGGAAAGCCUCUGUAGCCCCGAGGAUGAAGAGGAGGAGGAAACUGAGGUGAAAUGUGAGGACCUAAACGUUAUCACUGAGGAGAGAGAUUUUAGCCUUGAGGAGAAAGCACGCUCAGAAAAGGAGCAAGAAGUUCACAAGGAUCAGCUCAGCAAUAAAGAACAAGUUCAGGAGAUUAAAUAUAGUGAUCUUCAGGUAGCUGGCAAGGAGAGGGUAUCUACCCUUGAGGUGGUGAAGGAUAACUUAGAUGUGGAGGGAUGCCAAGCAGAUGAUUUGGGUUAUGCUGAUGUGCAAACCUAUGAGGAGCAGAACAUUGAAAAUGAAAGUCACAGUACUGUGAGAGAAAAGCUGUCAAGCUUUGUUGAGGAGCCGAGAAUUAUAAUCAUAGAGGAUACAAACUGUUUGAGAAACAUUUCCAGAACUAUAGAAGAGCAUUACAGCUUUGACACAUAUCAAACAGACAGUGGAAAUGAGCACAUCAGCUGUGAAGAACAAGAUUCUGCAGAAAUUGCGAAUUUUGAGAACAAACUGUGUAGCUUAGAGGAGAGGAAUUCCACCUCUGUGGAAGAACAGUCUAGCUCGGAAGAAGAACAUGUCAGUGUAAAGCAGUACAUAGAAGAUAGCAAUGCAGAGUAUCAGGACAGCUAUAUAGAGGAAGAACCUUCUGAAGAGGAUAUAAAUGACCAAAUGACUGAAGGAAAAAUGUGUUGCACAUCAAACAAAGAGAACACAACAAUAAUUCGUUAUGAAAUGAAUAAAGAAAAAAAGACUUGUCAUUCUGUUGUAAAGCCAGUGCCAUCUGUUGCAGAACGAGUGGGGAUCCUAGAAAAGAAAGUAUCAGGUUCAGACCAAAGGAAAACUGUGAUUGUGGAGACACCUGGCAUAAGACGAUUAGCCCAAAUAAAAACUCCUAUUGGAUCUGAGGCUGACGAUUUGACAAACAUAUCCCAACUGUCCAAUGAGCAAGGCCAGAUUGAUGACUUCAUGAGGAAAAGCUCUGAAAUGCGCAUAACUAAUUCGGCCUUGUCCACACACUCAGCUCCUCCAUCCUCUUUAGCCUUCAGUUAUGAUUCCAGUGGCUGUUUGACCAGAGAGUCUGAGAGAAACAAAGUCCAGUCUAUAAAAGAGAUGUUUAUGGCUAAAAGUGUUGCUGAUAUUCAAUAUGGCCAUAGACAGCUUCCUAGCCCCAACACCUCAGAUCUGUCUGACUCUAGACCUGAGACUUCAGACAGUGGGGGUCACAGAUCACAUGCCUCACCUGAAGUGUCCAGUGGUGAAGAUGAAUCUGUGAUCAAAUCCAUUGCCAAGGGAAUUGUCAGAAGAACCAUCGAAAGGCUCUAUGGAAAGAGAGACGACGAGGUCAAGGACAGCAAUGAGGAAAGACCACCAUCCCCAUCAAAACAGAGGCUAAGAGAAAGGGCCAUCAGAAGUAUCCUGUCCCCUUUCCAUAUGGCUCAGAGCAAAGUGCUGUCUGAUUUAUCAUACUUCAAUGCCACCAGUUCGUUCGAGUCCUAUAGUGAACCAACGCGGUGUAUUGCCUUCAAUGCGCAAGUUGGGCCUGGAGAAAGCGUCCUAAUAGACAAAGGCAGAUGGCUGCUUAACGAAAAUGCCCCGAUCAGAAAGUCCAUCUCAGAACCAAUUGCAAUACACAAGGGCACUGAAUUGUGCACCAAAACUGAGAAUGAGUGUGACGAUACAAAGGAAGAAAUCCCUUACUCUCACUUCAGCAUGAGCACCCAAAAUAAAGACCUGUCUUCUGAACUGGAGGACAAAACGAAGCCAAAGGUGCCGAGGUGUACCUAUUUCACUCUGCCCCAUGGGAGCGACUCAGACCUCUACCAGGAUGAAAUGAGGACAGCGGGCAGGAGUGGCGCCGAGGGCGACCUCAUGACGGAGAAGCAAGACAAGUCUGAGGAAGGUGAAUCCAAAACGUGGGUGGAGAAGAAUGGAAAAUUGCCUGCUUUCACCCCUACCGACUUCAAGAUAAUGAAAGAUAAUAAAGUUCACCCGCUGGAAGAUGGCCCCAUAGAGGGGCAGGUGGUUGUGGUGGUGCAGCCUGGGAAAGGUCAGACAGGUCUCAAAGGUCAGACUGUGGUUAAUCGAAGACCUCAGGAGCCAGAUGCACUGGAGAUGCUUUAUGUCUUCUGUGGCCAGCACUGCCCAGUCUUGUGA